AUCAAAGAUUCGAAGACAAGUUUUUGGACUUCAUCGUUGUCCCCGACUCAUACAGAAGAGUCUCUGGUGAUGGAGGGAAACAAGGGAGGCUACGCAUGGGCGAUCUCCGCCGGUCUCAACGCAGCUCUCGCCGCCAUUUCCGCUAAGCUCUUCUCAGCUCACCUCUUUAGAUAUGGUCUGGUCAUUUUCUUCAACGUGGUAAUGUGGGGAUGUUAUGUUAAUAGCCUGAAAGCUCUCUCAUCUCUGCAAGCUACGGGGACGAAUUUCGCUACCAACUUUCUAUCUUCAGGUCUGGCUGGAUUCUUUCUCUUCGAGGAAUCCCUGUCGAUCAAGUGGUUUGCAGGUGCCCUGCUCAUUGUAAUCGGCGUAUUAGUGCUCAGUAAGUCGAGUAUAGAACGGAAGACGCAUUCAGAUUAGAGGUCGUUUACAAUGGACCCCCGGAAAAAGAAGAUGUAUGAAGGAAUGAGUCGAUUUUUAGAUGCCGAAGUACCUGCUGGGCGUCAGAAGGUAGUGGGGGGGAGUGAACUGAUUCGCUACAAUUGAGCCCGAAUGGAUGGGAGAGAACAGAGAGGGAACUGAUGGUUGCAAACCUUUUCGUUGUGAUAUAUUCUUGUUUCUUCCAAUUGAAUUGAUCUUGGUUCAGCUUUGAUGCGAUUUGUUAAUCACUGUUUCACUCUCCAUUAGAAAAAGGAUUAGGUUUGGGA